GGGGAGAGGUGACACUCACUGGAGCCAGGCCAACUCAUCUGUGCUGCAGGGAAACCUCUGUCUGCAUCAUCGCCAUGCCGCCAGUCGGGGAACUCAGCAGGACGCAAUGACGGCCGACAAGGAGAAGAGACGAGCGAUCAGCCGUGAGGCGGCCCGGCGGCGGCGGCGCGUGGAGUCGGACGUGUUUGGCGAUCUGUCCCGCCUCCUGCCGCUCCAGCCCUCCGUCAGAGCUCAUCUGGACAAACCCUCCGUCAUCCGCCUCACCCUCAGCUACAUACGCAUGCAGGCGCUGCUCAAAGAAACUGCCGGGUCGCACGCGGAGCUCGGACACAGCGUGAGAUGCCGCCACGGAGGAGAGGCGUGGGACGGGUGUCGGUUUGAGUUGGGGAAAGAGACGGAGGGAUUGAAUCCGUUGGAUGAAACCAGCAUGUACCUGAAGAUCCUGGAGGGAUUUCUCAUGGUGCUCUCCACCGUGGGAGACAUGAUCUUCUUAUCGGACAACGUCAGCAAGUACAUGGGCCUGAGCCAGACUGAGCUGAUGGGGCACAACAUCUUUGAGUAUACUCACCCGUGUGAUCACGAGGAAAUCAGACAUAACCUCCGUCUGACUGCAGAACUUGGGUGCAGCCAGAAGAGGGAUUUCGUGGUGAGGAUAAAAAGCGCUCUGACGCACCGAGGAAGAGUCGGGAACCUCAAGUCGACCACCUGGAAGGUGCUCCACUGUCAGGGCAGAGUGAAGCUGUGCGUGGCCUCGUCUUCGGUGUCCUGCGUGCUGCUGACCUGCCGACCUCUGCCGCUCUCACACACACUCCUCAGCACGCACACCUUCACCAGCCAGCACAGCAUGGACAUGAGGUUCACAUACUGCGACCAGAGAGUGACUUCUCUUCUCGGCUACCGGCCAGAGGAGCUGCUGGGCCGAUCCAUCUACGAUCUCUGUCACACGCUGGACACAAGCUGCCUGAACAAAAACCACCUGAACCUGUGUCUGAAGAGUCAGUCGGUCAGCGGUCGGUACAGGAUGCUGGUGAGGAGCGGAGGUUACGUCUGGGUGGAGAGUCACAGCGCCGUCAUCCCGGGCGUCCAGCCGUCCAGAUCCAGACCCAGACCCAACCCCAGCCAGCCGCUCUGCAUCCUCAGUGUCACCUACAUCCUCAGCGGAGUGGAGGAGCCGUCUCUGCAGCUCUCUUUGGAUCAAACUUUCCAGAGAUACUUGAGAUGAAAUCAGAGUUUGAAGAAAAAAAUCUGCCGGGACCAAAACUCUACUAGCUUUUUUUUGUUAUGUAUUAUUUUCCCUAAUUUUCUGUUUAAUAAAUUGGAACUUUUAUCUUUCCAAAACGACUUGUGCUUUGUUCUGCUUCUUAUGAUAUCUCGAUGCAAAGCUGUGAUGCGCCUCCAGAAAUUUGCUGUAAUGUUGAGUUCAGUGGUGGUUCAGGCACAUAACCCUCCAACUUCUCCGUUUGGUUCUGUAGUUUCAUAAUCGCUGCUGCAGACUGUGGUUGUCAGGCAGUUGACGGGGCGGAGUCACAUGAAACGUGUUGACAAAAACAGGCCGUUUGACCUUUCCUUGACCUCUCUGGGUCUGACCGUGCUUCCUAUGGGGUCGGCUGCUGGGCCACCUGACACGUGGGGUGCGUGCAGGGCGCGCACACACAGAUACGCACUCUGCUGAUCAGGAGAUGUGAGUAGAUGCAAGUCGAAGCCGCAGCUUCCUGAAUAGA